CGGAGGGGAGCUGCUCCGAAAUCCGCUUUUUGCCUUUUUCACCCUUUUUUUUUUUUUUUUUUUUUCUUCUCCCUCCUCCUUUCUCAAGCGGAGGGAGGAUCUCCGCCUCGCCUCCCGCCCCGGCUGCUCCCUCCCCGUGGGGCGCAGGGAGGCGAGCCCGCCCGGGAUGCCAUGGCUCCGCCGGGCUCCGCGCUGCCCGCCUGCCUGCUGGGACUGCUGCUGCUCGCCUGCCGCGGAGAUUUCGGCCGUUCCUCCGAGCUGGCGUUCGUGGUGGAGCCCAGCGAUGACGUGGCGGUGCAGGAGCAGCCCUUGCUCCUCUACUGCCAGGUGGAGGGCAUCCAGCCCAUCACCAUCACCUGGCGGAAGAACGGCGCCGUGAUCGUGGACAGCGAGAACGCCUUCGUGCUGGCCAACGGCUCGCUCUACGUCUCCCGCUUCCAAAGGAUCCGCGGGGACGGCUCCUCGGACGAAGGCGAGUACGACUGCGUGGCGCAGAACCACUACGGGCUGGUGGUGAGCAGGAAAGCCAGGAUCCAGGCAGCCACCAUGUCCGACUUCCACGUCCACCCACAGAAUGCGGUGGUGGAGGAAGGGGGCGUCGCGAGGUUCCAGUGCCAGAUCCACGGCCUGCCCGAGCCCGUCAUCCUCUGGCACAAGAACCGCAUGCCCGUCAACACGGACAACGAAAGGUACACGCUGCUUCCCAAGGGGGUUCUCCAAAUCACGGGGCUGAGGGCAGAGGACAGCGGGAUUUUUCACUGCGUCGCUACCAAUAUUGCUAACGUGAAGUUCAGCCGGGAGGCCAGGCUCACUGUGUCAGGCUCCCACUCCACAGUUUACAAGGACCCCAUGAUUCUCGUCGGACCGGAGAACCUGACGCUGACGGUGCACCAGACCGCGGUGCUGGAGUGCAUCGCCACCGGCAAUCCCCGGCCCAUCGUCUCCUGGAGCCGCCUGGACGGCCGCCCGAUUGGCGUGGAGGGGAUUCAGGUGCUGGGCACGGGAAACCUCAUGAUCUCGGACCUCACCGUGCAGCAUUCAGGCAUCUACGUGUGCGCCGCCAACAAACCCGGCACGCGGGUGCGACGGACCGCACAGGGCCGGCUCGUGGUGCAAGCCCCCGCGGAGUUCGUGCAGCACCCCCAGUCCAUCUCCAGGCCCGUGGGGACCACUGCCAUCUUCACCUGCGUGGCCCAGGGGGAGCCCCCGCCGCAGAUCACUUGGCUGAGGAACGGGCAGAUCCUGGAGACCAGCGACCACAUCAAGCUGAAGAAUAACAACAGCACCCUCUCCAUCUACGGGAUCAACCAGGCGGACGAGGCCAUCUACCAGUGCAUCGCCGAGAACAGCGCCGGCUCCACGCAGGCCAGCGCCCGCCUGACGGUGCUGUGGGCGGACGGGCUGCCGGGGCCUCCGCAGGCCGUGAGGGCCGAGACGGUGUCUGCAACCACCAUCCAGGUGUCGUGGAAGGAGCCCCUCCAGAACACCAAGGAGAUCAUCGGCUACGUGCUGCACAUUCGCAAGGCUGCGGAUCCCGUGGAGAUGGAGUACCAGGAGGCUGUUAGCAAGAGCACCUUCCAGCAGCUGGUGACGGAUUUAGAGCCCUCCACCAGCUACAGCUUCUAUAUAAAGGCUUACACCUCCCGCGGUGCCAGCAAGGCCUCAGAAGUCACAGUGGUGAGCACGCUGGGAGAAGUCCCAGCCAUGCCGUCCCUCUUCAUUAAAGUCAUUAACAGCACUGCUGUCCAGGCCACGUGGGAGCCCUCCAUCAAACUGGGCCAGCACGAAGGCUUCAAGCUCUUCUACCGCAAAGUCCACCUCUCCCAGUACACGGGCCCAGUGCUCCUGGCCAGCAACAUAACGGCGUACAACAUUACCCACCUGGAUGCGUCGGUGGUGUACGAAGUCAAACUCCUCGCCUACAACCAGCACGGGGAUGGAAAUUCAACCGUCCGCUUCGUGUCCUUGAGGGAAACCGUGGAGAGGCCAGCUCUGAACCCCCCCUGUGACUGCAUGAAGGACGAGCAGAACAAUAAAACCUCCACGACGGGUAUCAUCAUCGGCAUCCACAUCGGCGUCACGUGCAUCAUAUUCUGCGUCCUUUUCCUCAUGUUUGGCUACAGAGGAAGGCUGCUGAUGUGUAAAAACGUGCAGGAGCAGCUGUCGACCCCGCAGAUCCCGAGGAGCCAGAGGAGCGCCGCGGGGCUGGUUCUGAACGGGGCCGCCCGCAGGGACAGGGACGAGAGGGACUUGACCGGGAAGCAGCUGGACAUGAACGAGCUGGAGAGGUUAUUCCCAGCAGCACCCUGCCGGGAGCAGCAGGACAAGGGAACACCGCCGGCUCGCAGCCCGCCUGCCGACACGCAGAUCUCCACGCUGCCCUUGGACGAGUUCAGCAUCAUCGAGGAGCAGCCAGAGCCUCCCCAAAAAAGCCCCUGUGGCGGCAGCCCCGCUGCUGCGGCCCCCCACCCCAUUCCCACCCAUGAAGGAUAAACCUGCCAAGGCUCGAACCCUCGUGGAGGAGCUACCAGAAACCAAAACCGCGGCUGGCGACGUCUUUAGGAUGAUUUCCUCAAAUCUCAGGUCAAUUGAAGAUUUCUACGGUCUGAUUGUUAUUUUUUUGUUUUGCUUUAUUUUUAUAUAUAUAUAUAUAUAUAUAAAUAUAUAUAUAUGUGUGUGUGUACAGCCUUUUGGAAACUCUGUGAAGUUUGUCAUUCCGACCUGUCUCAGGCCUCUUGGUGCGUUUCUUUCGACGAUGGCUUUACCAAGGCUGGUCACCAUGGAUUUUUCCCACUGCUGCUAAGUAAAAGACUCCUUGGCAGAGUCUGGCAAACUGUCCCAUCCCUGACAUUUUUGGGGAUCCAGUGGGGCCUCGUCCUCUUGGCAUCACAGACUUCUUCCCGCUCAGCAGCUUUAGGACUACUUUUUGGAUCUAUUUUUUAUGUUGAGAAGACUGGAUUCGGAGAAACCCUUCGAACUUGACUCCAAAAAUCGAGGCCUGGGAAGGCCGUCUUUCCAUGGAUUUGAUGAUUUUGUACACUUUUGCUAUUUCUCAGGAUACUUUUUUGCUGAAUGACUCUAUAUAAUAUGGAAAAAAAAAAAGAAAAAAAAAAAAAAAGAGUGUGUCAAAGGAAGCCUGCCUGAGGGCUACUGAAAGACUUGGACAAAACAACCCGAGUGAAAUCAGAACCUACCUCAACCGGAAUGAAUGUCUUCUGGGGAGCAGAAAUGCCUGCGUCUUCCUUCGUGUUCAGAAACGAGCAGCGGAGCACUUGGUCAGUACAAGCUUGGUCCUACCUCAGCAGUCACGCUCUGUUCCUGCCGCGUCGUCGUUUUUUGUUGUCGUCGUUCCCGUGUAAAGCACUUCCAAACCUUGAAAGCAAUGUUCUACCUCAAGCGUGAGAGAAAGUCGUGUGUGUGCGUUUUUCCCCCCUCCCCAAAUACCCCAAAUCCUGCCUCCUCCACCCGGCCCCGUGGAGGGCCGGCGUCCGGCAGCGCUCGCGCUGACGCCUCGCUGGUUGUUUGAGCUUUACUUGCAGGCACGGUGGGAUUUCGCCGGGUGGAGAUUUUGUAUCCUGGUUUUUACUUUAAAGACUGUUGGGGCCGUGAUGGAUGUGUGGCUGCUGGUGCCCCGCAGCUCGCCAGCACCGUUGUUCCUGAUGGAAGCCCCAAAUGUCAGCCUCAGCCCGUCCUGGGUGCUUUUGGGCUGGGUUUUGGGGUCUCUUCUGUGCCAGGGCCAAGGCACCCCCACCCCAUUAGCUUGCCACCCUCAAGGCCGAUUCCCCCAGGACGGUUUAUGGCGUGUGCCAGCACCACGAGGCACCCCGGCGAGCUGGGAACCCCAACAUCAUCGUCUGGCCCCUUCAAAGCCCACCCUGCCACCAGGAGCUCUUCGUGGAAACCUUGACCCAGCACUUCCAGACCCCGCUGAGAUGCUGCUGAGCUCCUCCAGCGUAUUCUCAGCCAGCAGGGCUCAUCCCCAGCCGGUCAUGGCCAAAGGAUGGACCCAUCCUCACCGGGCUCGCUUCUCCGUGGAGGACGAGGCGAGGAGGGGGGCGAUGCAGGACAGGAUCCAACGCUGGAGGACGCUGGGGGCUGCCGGCAGCCACCCACACCCAGGGUGGGCAAAGGGGCUCCCGACACCAAAGAGAGGUUUUGUGCGUGGCCCCCACCAACCCGCCGCCGUUUUGGGGUUGUCCUGGCACGGGGCAGCCCGGCGAGGCCUCGUGAGUCGGUGCAUGAGGGAUGACAUCCGUGGGGUGAGAUGGGGGCACGCACAGGGGACGGGGAUGUCCGCCAGGCCGAGGGCUGACAAUUCCCUCCCCCCCCGUGUGGAUUCAUUAAACCCGGACAAAUGUGAGGGUCCGAACUCUUUGUGGAGGUGGUGGUACAUCAGGCGUCGCCGUGUUUGCAAAGAAAGGAAUCAGGAAAGGAAACGAGUUUUGAGUUUAAAAGAAAGGAUCAUUGUAUUUUUUUAAAUGGUACCAGUGGGAGGGUCCCGUGUGUCAGAAGCAUCCCCCGUCACCGUCACGUUUGGCAAUGGGAUGCUCGUUGUGUAAAUAAUGCGAUGUACAGGAUGAGAAGGAAAACGUCGCCCUGGGGCUGGGCUGGGGAUGGCCAGGGGAUGGAUGUGAGCAGGAAAAUGUGCUUCCAGGUCAGGUUUGUGCAUUAAUCCCCCACUCAGCCCCUCCACCGGGCCGGUUCCUGCUCACAUCAACCCUGGGGGACGUGGACGUGUGAUGUUGGGCUCGGGGACAGCGUGCGAAGGGCACCGAUGGGGCAGGCAGGAGGAGGAGAUGCCCACGGCUCCAGCCUGUGGUGCUCACGGCCAGGAGGGUUUCAUUUUUGCAGACCCAUCAGCUUUUUUUUUUUUUUUUUUCACUCACCCCAAAGUUCUUGCUGUGAUUCCCAACCCCUCCGUUGACCAACCCAACCGGCCGGCGGCACGGAGUCUGGGUUUCACCAAGUUUGGCUAAGGACCGGAGGCUCAGCUCAUUCCUGGCCCCCCAGACAUCGAGAUGGGGAUGGAGCUGAGCCCCAUCUCCUAAAUCUGGGUCCUGACCUCACACCACAGCACCCCAAAUCUCCUCCUCCCACCCCGCUCCCGCGUUUCGUGCCGCUGUCUUCGUGCGGAACGGCGGAGCUCGCGCCGGAUCAGUACUGUUGCCAAAGUGAACACAUGAUGUAGAGUAGCUUUCAGCUCAGAGUCCCUGGAGCUGCGAACAUGCUAUUAAUUUAAUAUCAUAUUAUUGUGAUAUUGUAAUAGUAACAAGUAUUUGUCACUACUUCCUUUUAUUAAAGGGAAAUGCUGUGCCAUUUGACUAGCUGAAAAUGCGAUAGUAUGUCGAGAGUAGACCUUUUUUUGUUUGUUUUUUUUUUUUUUAAUAAUUAUGCAGAAAUGUAAUGGCUUAAACCAAUGCAGAUUAUGGGUUGGUUUGAGACGCUUGAAGAUGGAUGUGAAUCUUUAAAGACUAUUUUUAGACGUUUAGCUUUUCCUCUUUUUGGGGUUUCUUUUACGCUCUUGUCAAUCCAUACCGCUGGGACCGAUCCGCAGGCGCUGGCAGCCCUGGAGGGCUGAGGCUGGAGGGGAUGCGACCUUCCCUGAAUUAUUGAAACCUCUCAAGUCUGCAAAAUUGAGCAAAAAAAGCCCUUGAAACAUCCAAUUCCAGCUUUGGUCCAUCUGUACUCUUCAGUACUCUUGGUGUUUUAUCUGCUGGAUAAUGGGCAGGUGCUGGAUCUCGAGCCAGCUGCUGGCAACCACCCCCAUUUUCGGGUCGGAAUCGCGUCCUGUAAUUUUUUUCCCAAUCAAAUGAAUUCCACUCAUCCAACCCCGCUGCCUUUUCUGGGCAGAUCCCAAACCCUCUCGCUUUUCUGGCUGUGGUGAGAUGAAAUUGCAGCAAGGAGCAAAGUAUCCAAAAGCUGAUUUUUUUUCGGUAACCCAUAAUGGGCACAACCUAUUCUUGGAGCUCUCAAGUUUACCAGAGAUGGCUGCUACCUCAGGGCUAGGAUCCACGUUGUGUUUAGUUGGACAGGGAAUAGUUUUAUGCUGUGACAGGGUAUUUUCAAGGCUCUUGGAUUCAGGUAUUUAUUUGUCUAACGUACCUUUCUUCUUCCUCGGUCGGUAAAGACGCUGAAAUCUUGAAGUGCUGGACCAGUUUGGGGGUUUUCAGGCUUCCACCCGUGAUUUUUACGUAGCACAGCCCCAGGUUUGUGCACAACGAAGGACGAGGGACACCACGAAGCCGAGCGGGAUGCUCCUAACUGCAUCGGUGGCUUUGGUCCUGGUCUGGUGUGCACGAGCCCACCGGUAAUUAGAGAAUCAAUUAAAAGAAGUUUCCACCACCCCUCCCUUAACCAAGUGUGACCGUGCUGGCUGUGGAUACCCCACCUCACCUCUCACUGCCCCAACAUUUGGCACCGUCCCCGCUGCCCACCCAACAGCCCCGACCCCUCGGCCACCAGCUUCGGGAGCCGAGCCCCCUCCGAGCCGCCUGGCAGCUCUCCCGGCUCGAAAAUGGGGAAAAAAGGAAAUUAAAAACCUGCAAAAACAAACAGCGGUGGCACGGGGGGAGCAACCGACUGACUUCAUCUGUGCAAACGGGGCUUGGGAACGGAUCCCUCCCAAUGCCAGGCCACGGAAGGCAGGUUAAAGCUCCCAUCCAGCAAUGUGAUGCCGGCUAAUUUAUUUUCCUCCCCCAGCAAAUUAAAAAAAAAAGGGAAGGGGAAAAGGGAAGGGCUCAGUCGGGGCAGUUUCUGGCCCUCACCUCUAGAAACAAUUCUGCAGGAGCAUCCACCACGGCGGCGGCAGCGGGGCAGUGGCUCUGGGAUUACCCUGCAGCAGCCUUCAACCAUCGGGAUUUUGUGCCAAGGAGGUUGGGGCAAAACCCAGUGGUUUGGGGAACUGCCGGGUUUUAUGGGGCUCUGGGUCUUAGGGAGCAAA